AUGCGUUUCCUGCUGCUGUGUGCUUGGCCACUGUGUUGGGCCGCGCGGCAGAAGAUCCCAAAGACAAAGAUCGCUUGCGUGGGGGACAGCCUGACCGCCGGCUACCCCUUUGACUCGGGCCGUGGCGACGACCCUGCAGUGUCAGGCUAUCCGUACCACCUGCAGCGCUUGCUGGAUGAGGACGCCUACGAGGUAAGGAACUUUGGGAAGGGCGAGACGACCGUGGUUGCUGGUAGCAAGAGCUACCACAGCGCCUGGUACAACAGCACCUGGCACGAUGCCCUGGCCUACAGACCUGACCGGGUCCUCCUGAUGUUCGGCGCCAACGAUGUCAAAGAGAGUCGGCUGCUGAAGUUCCAGACUGAGUUCGAGGAUGCUUACUCGAAGCUGAUCGCCUCCUUCCUGAAAGUGGAUGCGACGGUUUACAUGCUCAUCCCGCCGCCCAUGUACGAUGACAACAUCUACGGCCCCGAGUUCGACCCACCAGGGAGGGCAGGGGGGAUGCAGCAGACGGUUUACAAUGAGCAGCUUCCUGCGAAACUCCGUGAAAUCGCCGCCCAGCACUCAAAGGUCCGAGUGAUCGACCUCCAGACCUGCUUUUUGAAGCACAACACCUGCACCGACGUCCGCGUGAACUGCUGCGAAUGGGAAGCGCGGAAGCCUCCGCGGCGGAGACCUCGUGAGCAGGCGCCCGAGCAGACGGGUUCGGCGGUGUGUUUGGCGCACGAUGACGCCAUCCACCCGAACGACGAAGGCUAUAGGAACAUGGCCCUGAUGCUGAGGAAAGCCCUGAUCAACGGUCGGGAUCCCUGCUAG